AUGGAUCCGCCUCACAUCACCGAGUUCGCUUCCGAGCGCUACUUCAACAAACUCAACCAACUCUGCGAGUCUCCCACAGCCCGCGAUGCCCAGCAACACCACCAAUCACGCGAUUCUCAACUACCCCCAUCCCAAUCGGUGCCCACCCCGCCGACGCCUCCUUUUCCCUCUGCGCAGCCUUCUUCCUUUAUCCUUCCACUCCGAACAUCGAAAGCAAGCGAAUGCGAUUUCGAGUCUACUCGUCCGCCAGACCAAAAGCGCCCCGAAAAAAGCCGUCUGUUUAGUCUCCGAUCCAAGGUUUCCAUCCUUCACUCCAAGUCGCAUGCAUCACAAACAGAUGUACACGAGCAGAGUGCCGAAUCCCUUGGGCCAAAGACACAAUCAUUCGGUCAAUUAAUCCUUGCACUACCCACCGAGCUUCAGAUUCAAGUCAUCUCGUCCCUACCGCUCACCGACGUUCUCAACCUUCGCAGAGUCUCGAAGUCAUGGCAUGCCAUUGUCACAUUGAACGAGGCCCCCAUUGUUCGCCAUCACCUAGAGCAUCAUAUCCCGACGUAUGCCCUACGUCUAUAUCCAUCCAGUGACCCCACAACCGCCAACUUCCACCACCUGUGCGGUCUAUGGCACCGUCUGCAUGUUGCGGCGAAACUUUCGUUUCUCAUGUGCGAGUGGAUCACAAAGGAGAUCUUCUUGAGGACGACAGAAACCCAACGCCUCGAGUUCGCGCCGCAGCGCGAACGUAUGCGUCGCCGCCUAAUUCCACUACUAUUCACUGUGUUUCAUUUCUUCGAAACAUACCGAAAGCUGCACCUACAACACAUCCUCGACCACAACGGUCACGGUUUGCUACACGAGCCCUAUACACUAAACCCGAUCGAGGUUCAGAUCAUGAAUAUGUACGACGAUCAGACGCUGUUGCGCGUUCAUCAGGUCUUCCCGCUUGUCAUAUCCUCGUUUUGCCGACGGUUACGUCCACCAUCGUAUGCCGGUCGCGUCGAACGAUCUUUGAGGGGAUACUUGAAGGAAAAGCCACCAGACGAGGUUCAUGUUGCUAUUCUUUGCGUCGGCGGUCUACGACAGGUAGAGAGGCUCUGGGAGAUCAAAGGAUAUAACAGUAGGAGAGGGGCGGUCGAUAUCUGGUAUAACUCUAUCGCAAAAGAUUCGGCCGAACCGACUUUUAAACAGCGACGCGGCAUUAUGGGCCUCGGUCGCAAAAAGUCGACCUUAUCUGUAAGAGAAUCAAUCAAAUCGACGCAACAGGACGGAGGCCCGGCACGCCGUGGUUCGAGGACAUCUCUCGAGGAUUCAGUCGACCCUCGCGACACGAACUUGGUUUUUAACACAAGCCUGGCAGCUGGUAUGCCCAUGGGGGCAUUAGGGCGUGAGCAUGUGCGUCACGUACUUGCAGACUUGCCAAAUUUGCAAGAAAUCUGGCUCAAGACUGCUGAGGCUUUGAUCUUAGAGCGAGGCAUUGUGGAGCGUACUCAAGACAUCAAACGCAACGCCCAAGUCAUGUUGGAGCUGAUUCGCGAAGAUGGCAUGGACGAAGAGGAUGAGUGGUGGUACGGGCGAAGUACUCCCGAGUCUGUUCGCCCUCCGCUCGAGGCGAUAGACGAGGAUCCUAUGGAUGGCGCAUGA